AUGGCUCUCUCGAACCUCCCACACGAGCUUCUUGACAUUAUUGUUGAAUACUCUCUACCACAGAGCUUCGAGAACUUAGCAACGACCUGCAAGAGAAUCUAUGCGCGAUGUACACCAUUCAUCAAGCGCCACAACGAGCUGCGCUCCCGCUUCCGAGAUUUUGCCUACUACGCCCACGCGCGCGACAGCCUGGUUGCAGCUUCCGACCUCAUCAACCUCAUCGCCGCUGAUCCCAUCGUUGCGCGGUACAUUCGCAUCGCAAACCUUGUGGGGGACAGCAGGUGCCUUUCGCAUCUACGUGUCCGUGGUGAACCACCAAAGUCGGUCCCAAGCAUUGAGGACGGAGGAGUCAUUGUUCAACUGUUUGCCAACUCUACGUAUCUCCAGCGAGCCCGGCUAGACUGGAGGGUGUACUAUUCUACGUUCGCAGAGGAUGUCAGAGAGAUGCGUUAUUCGCAGCACGGCAGUGCCUUUCUCCUAACGCUGCUCAGUGACACCGAGAACCUCACCAUACCAAGGUCAUGGAAGCCGAAUGCCGCGACGAAUCAGCUGCUCGAUGUCCUUGCCAAGGAGGCUCGGCAAUCUUGCUUUCUGUCUUCCGGUCUUCGGUCAGUCACAAGUUUCCUUGGAUCAUUAUCGAGAUCCGAGACUGAAAAUUGGGGCUUGAGUUGGGCGAGCCCCUUCCUCGCUCUACCGCAUUUGAAGUCGUUUAGCGGUCCUGGCAGCUUAGCAGUCGGAGAAAACCCUAGAAGUCUCGCAUUUAGAGGUUCGCCUCAUAUCGCAGACACACUUGAAGCAGCUCAUCUAGGUGGUUGUUGUAUUGACGACGCAGGCAUAACCGACUUCCUCAAGCAUACACCACGCUUGAAGACAUUAAGAUACUCGCAUAGCACACAGCAUGACUAUCUUCCUCCAGACUGGGAUAUCUGCAAAUUUAUCAACGCAGUAGCGCGCGAAGCUGGGAGCCAUCUUAUCGAACUUUCGAUCAACAUCCUUGAAUUGCGCGGCUCUAUCCUUCCCGGCAAGGCAUCGACCCGUGGUUUCCAGAAGCUAAAGAAGUUCGAGUUUCCUCUGAAACUUGUUGAAUGCAACAUCAAUGCCGCGGGUGUCACAGGUAAUAUUGCUACCUCGUUGCAAUAUUUCUUCAACGGCUCACUAGAUCCGUUCGUACGUGACUUGAUACCCCCUUCAGUCACGCAUCUGUCGUUGAAAUCCGAGGGAAUGGGUCCUCAUGACGGAGCUCUUAAUGCCUUGUUCCGUCAUUUUUGUGCGGUACGUAGGUCCCAGCUGCCUAAUCUCCAAGAGGUACAUAUCGCCUGUAAACCGGAGGCGGAUAACGUCUACAAGCAACAGUGCAACAAGAUCGUUGCGGAGGGUAGUAGAGAAGGUGUAGUUGUGCAUUUGCAGGCGUAUGAGUAUUCUGGGGGUCUUGACUGGGAUAGGUGA